AUGUCAAAAAUGGAGCGUCAAAUUUGGAGAAAAUAUGGAAAUAAUACUAAUGCGGCGGAAGCAGCCCAUGCUUUAAUUAAUAGAGAAGGAAAACAUGGUAAAAGGCAUGAUGAAAAGUUAUUAAAAAUUAAAAGUACCCAAGACAAUUCAGGCAUACCAUAUACCAGAUGUGAUAAAAGCGAAGUCAAAAGGCAGCAAAUUGCAUCAAAUCGUAAAGCUGCAAAAUAUAACAAAAAAGAUGAGACCAAAAAUUCAUGUAAAAAAAAAACAACUUCUAUAAAUUCUAAUGAAAAAGAUUACGAAAAUAUAAAUAAUGGAAUUAGGGUUGAAAAUUUGGGAAGGUCAUCUACAAGCUCAAUUAAUAAAGAAAAUGAAGUUAUGUUAAAUUUGAACUUAAAGAAAGAAAAUUGA